AUGUUUGCACAGGAAGCACAGCUCAACACUGUCAUGAACAAAUUUAGGGAAACUGAAGAGGCCAUCCCCGCUCAAAAAGAGUCAUUGCCCGAAGAUGAGUUGUGUGAGAAACUGUACCAAUCCACUACUUAUCGCACCUCUGAAGGAAGGUAUGUUGUGGCACUGCCUUUCAAACCUGGCUCUCCUGCUCUGGGCAAUAACCGCAGCAAGGCAUACUGCAAUCAGUUAGGACUACUGAAAAAACUGAGUCAAUCUGAUGAACUUGAAACCAAAUACUCUAACUUCAUGCAUGAGUAUUGUGACUUAGGCCACUUGAAAAUCGCUGAUUCCGCUGUAGAUUACAUCAUCCCACAUCAUGCAAUAUUCAAGAAAAAUGAUAACACUCAAAAAAUUCGAGUUGUUUUCAACGCAUCUAGCAAAGAUGCCAAUGGGCUCUCACUUAAUGAUGUGUUGCUGCCUGGACCCAAACUCCAAACAAAUAUAGUCCAAGUAUUAACCCGCUUUCGUUCAUACCGCUUUGUCAUCCUUGCAGACUGCAAACAAAUGUACAGACAAAUCUUGCUGAGACCUGAAGACCGCCAGCAUCAACAUAUAUUUUGGAAACCCACCCACCAAGAAAAAAUUCAAGAAUUUGAACUGUUAACAGUGACUUAUGGAGUAUCUUCUAGCGUGUAUCUUGCUCAGCGUACUCUGCAACAAUUAGUGGAGGACAAAGGUGAAGCUUUCCCACUUGCCAGUCAAGUACUGAAGUCGCAAACGUAUGUCAACGACAUACUUGGCAGAAGCAAUGACCUGAAUACCGCACAUUCACUUAUCAAAGAACUCAAUGAGUUAUUGUCACUCGCCUCCUUUGAAUUGAGGAAAUGGAAUUCCAACACACCUGAAUUGAUUGAGCAUAUGUCGCCCGAAUAUUUGAGCAAUCAGGAAUGCCUGUUUGAUGAUACUGCAAUCACCAAAGUCCUUGGCAUUGUGUAUAGUCUGCUUGCCGAUGAUUUCCGAUAUUUCAUCUCUGCCUUUUCUGAGAAAAGCACAAAAAGAACAAUACUCGCUUUCCUUGCACGAAUUUAUGACCCACUGGGAUGGCUAUCACCGCUUAUUCUACUGUUUAAGUUAUUCAUGCGCACUCUGUGGUCUGAACGCCUUGGAUGGGAUGAUGAAAUUCCUGCACCACUAUUAACUCAUUGGAAAUCCUUGGUUACCGCUAUCAACCAAUUACACCAGAUUCACAUACCAAGACUGUUAGCUUGUUCCCAUUCCUCAAUUAGACUGUUGGGAUUUGCCGAUGCUUCAGAGAAAGGAUAUGCCGCCUGCUUGUACCUUCAUGAAGAAGUUGAAAACCGCUUUAUUGAUUGUUGUCUUAUUGCCGCCAAGAGUCAUGUUGCGCCCCUCAAAACCCUGACAAUCCCUCGAUUGGAAUUGAAAGGCUGUCUCUUGUUAGCACAACUUGUAUCUGUCAUUUUACCAACUCUAUCAGAAUACAACCUGCUGGAAAUUCGUCUCUACACUGAUUCCAGAACCGCCUUGGACUGGAUCAAUACGCCUACUUACAAACUGCAGAUUUUUGUUGCUAAUCGUGUACAGCAAAUCACUCAAUUAGUGAAACCCGAACUAUUCAAUCAUGUGUCCUCGCUUAACAACUGUGCUGAUAUUGCUUCUCGUGGACUACUGCCAACUGAACUCGUUUCCUGUCAUACUUGGUGGCAUGCUUCUGCCGCAUUUCAAUGCCUUGCUGUUGAUUUUCCUGUGUCUAAUCACAUUGUCAGUGAAACAAUACCUGAGAUGAAGUCAAACCCGCUGUAUAUUCUUGCAACUACCCAAGAUGAACCGCUAGCAAACCCGCUAUAUGCUGCUUGUGAAUGUGUAUCCAAAUUUGGAAAAUUAUGCUGA